CUUCAGUAGUACUUCGAAUUUCUUCUCGAAUCUUUCAGAAAAGGAAGUUUUAUUCCGAAAUCUGUGUUUCUAUUUAAUAUUUUUUAAAUUAAUUUGUAAAGCAAUCCGCAUUAAAUAAAAUUCCUGUAUACAAAAUGGAUAUGGAACUUAUCGAUGUACCAAAAAAGGUUAAUAGGCACGUGAUGAAAGCGUUGAGCGCUUUAAGUAAUGGCAACGUGUUUAAAAAAUUUCCCUUGGGCCUCAUAUUGGAGCAAGUCGAACGACAAAUGCGGAAUGUGGUGCCGGUGGACAAUCUUGAGGAUGCUGUCACAGCGUCCCUUCAUAUUUUAAGCUAUUACGGUUUGAUAAGACAAUUCGAUGAAAAUCGCUUUGAUAUUGGCCGUUCGUAUGACGAAAUUCCAUCAACUCCAACCAAAAAAGACUUUAGUUUGGAUGAUUCGCGGAAAAGAACCUACAGUACUGAUUCCAUGUCAGGCGAUGAAUUUGAUAAAACUCGCAAAAGAAUGCGCUCAAACAAUAAAAAUUUUCGUUUUAAAGGUCGCAGAGUUGAAUUACCAAAACCUAGGAGACACACAGGAUUUCUAUUCCAAACGCUUGACAGCUUUGAACAUAUUGAAUUAGGCAAAAGCCAUUGCAUGAAUAACGCCAAUAAUUUCGAAUUGGCCAUAAAUAUGGCAGAAUGGCCAGCAGUUGGGAUCGAUCCCAUGGGCCAGGAUAAUGCUAAUAUAGAUUUAAGGAAAGAUUUGGAGGUACUUUAUGAGCGCCCUGAGUCAAGAGAAAAUAUACACGCGAAUUCUGAGAUCCACAAUCCCUCCAAUGACAACUUGAAUUCAAGAAAUCAAAAGGAUUCGUGUUUAAAUUUAAACAUGAAUACUGUUGCACGGGGCCAUGUUAUUGAGGACAAUGACCCAAGUGACCCUGUAGGCGAUCCAAAAACAUCUAAAGUGGCAUUAACAGUAGAUUUGUUGAAUAAGUCAAGCAAGGAAACAUAAGGUGUGAAAGUCAUAUACGGGGAAAUUGUAAUGACCAAACGACUGUGUUAUCAUUAUGGUUUUGUUUAUUUUUUUGAUGUGUAGUUUUGGUAAAUUCUCUGUUAAAUAUGAUAUGAUAAGGAAGCUGUUAGAAAAUUUAA